GCAGCUGCUUGGGGGCGGCUUCUUGGUGGAGGCUCGGCCGGCUCCUCUCUCCCGGUUCCGCGGCGGCGGCGGCGGCGGCGGCGGCGGCGGCGGCUCCGGCUCCUGUCCUCUUGCUCUCCCUCUCGCGUCUCCGCCUGCAGGUGAAAAGAAAGCCAGCCAGGAUGGAUAUUUACGACACUCAGACCUUGGGGGUUGUGGUCUUUGGUGGGUUCAUGGUUGUUUCUGCCAUCGGCAUCUUCCUGGUGUCAACCUUCUCCAUGAAGGAGACGUCGUAUGAAGAAGCCCUAGCUAACCAACGCAAAGAGAUGGCAAAAACACACCACCAGAAAGUAGAGAAAAAGAAGAAGGAGAAAACAGUGGAGAAGAAAGGAAAGACCAAGAAAAAGGAAGAGAAACCUAAUGGGAAGAUACCUGACCACGACCUGGCCCCCAAUGUGACCAUCCUCCUCAAAGAAUCAGUGCGUGCACCUGAAAUGACUUCGGCCCUGACCCAAGUCCAGUCCCCCAUCGUUGUUGCCCCUAUAGCUACAGUACCAGCCAUGCCCCAAGAGAAGCCAGCCUCCUCCCCUAAGGACAGAAAGAAGAAGGAGAAAAAAGUGGCCAAAGUGGAACCAGCAGUCAGUUCUGUUGUGAAUUCCAUUCAGGUUCUUGCCUCCAAAUCUGCCAUCUUGGAAGCUUCCCCUAAGGAGGUGCCUAUGGUUGUUGUGCCCCCAGUUGGCGCCAAGACCAGUGUCCCUGCCCUUGCUCAAGGCAAGAAGGCAGAAGGGGUCCAGAACCAGGGCAGAAAGGGGGAGGGAACCCCAAACCAGGGCAGGAAGGCAGAGGGAGCCCCAAACCAGAGCAAGAAAGCAGAAGGAUCUCCAAAUCAGAACAAGAAGGUAGAGGGUGCCCAGAACCAGGGCAAGAAGAUGGAUGGGACCCAGAACCAGGGCAGAAAAGGGGAGGGGACCCAGAACCAGGGCAGAAAGGGGGAGGGGACCCAGAACCAGAGCAAGAAGGGGGAAGGGACCCAGAACCAGGGCAAGAAGGGGGAAGGGACCCAGAACCAGGGCAAGAAGGUAGAGGGGACCCAGAACCAGGGAAAGAAGGUAGAAGGAACCCCAAACCAAGGUAAGAAGGCAGAGGGAACUCAGAACCAGGGCAAGAAGGGGGAGGGAACUCCAAACCAAGGUAAGAAGUUGGAGGGAGCCCAGAACCAGAGCAAGAAGGGGGAGGGUGCUCAGAACCAGGGAAAGAAAGGGGACGGGGCUCAGAACCAGGGCAAGAAAGGGGAGGGGGUUCAGAACCAGAGCAAGAAAGGAGAUGGGGCUCAGAACCAGGGCAAGAAAGGGGAGGGGGUUCAGAACCAGAGCAAGAAAGGAGAUGGGGUUCAGAACCAGGGUAAGAAAGGGGAUGGGGCCCAGAACCAGGGAAAGAAGGGAGAAGGGGACCAGAACCAGGGCAAGAAGGGGGAGGGGGACCAGAACCAGGGCAAGAAGGGGGAUGGGGCCCAGAACCAGGGCAAGAAGGGGGAUGGGGCCCAGAACCAGGGCAAGAAGGGGGAUGGGGCCCAGAACCAGGGCAAGAAGGGGGAAGGGGCCCAGAACCAGGGGAAGAAGGGGGAAGGGACCCAGAACCAGGGCAAGAAGGGGGAUGGGGCCCAGAACCAGGGCAAGAAGGGGGAUGGGGCCCAGAACCAGGGGAAGAAGGGGGAAGGGACUCAGAACCAGGGCAAGAAGGGGGAUGGGGCCCAGAACCAGGGUAAAAUAUUGGAGGGAACGCCAAACCAGGGCAAGAAGGUUGAGGGGGCCCAGAAUCAGGGCAAAAAGGGAGAGGGAUCCCAGAACCAGGGUAAAAAAGCAGAGGGGGCUCAGAACCAGGGCAAAAAAGUAGAGGGAACGCCAAACCAGGGCAAGAAGGGAGAGGGAGCCCAAAACCAGGGCAAGAAGGGAGAGGGGCCCCCAAACCAGGGCAAGAAAGGGGAGGGGGCCCAGAAUCAGAACAAAAAGGGGGAGGGGGCUCCUAACCAAGGCAAAAAAACAGAGGGGAGCCCCAACCAGGGCAGAAAGGGAGAGGUAGCCCCUAACCAGGGCAAAAGGGCAGAAGGGACCCCUAACCAAGGCAAAAAGGCACAGGGGACCACCAACCAGGGCAAAAAACCAGAUUCAGUUCCUAAUCAGGGCACAAAGACAGAGAGUGUCACGAACCAGGGGAAAAAAGUUGAAGGAACCCCUAAUCAAAGCAGAAAGACAGAAGGAACUCCCAACCAGGGCAAAAAGGCAGAAGGGUCUCCCAACCAGGGCAAAAAGAUGGAUGCAGCUGCCAAUCAGGGUAAAAAGUCAGAGUCAGUUCCUGUCCAAGGUAAAAAUGCAGACAUGGUCCAGGGCCAGGAGGCACCAAAGCAAGAGGCUCCUGCAAAGAAGAAAUCUGGUUCAAAGAAAAAAGGUGAGCCUGUGUCCCUGGAUUCCAAUAGCCCUCUGUACCUGCCUUACAAGACACUGGUCUCCACGGUUGGAAGCAUGGUAUUCAAUGAGGGUGAGGCCCAGCAGCUCAUUGAGAUCCUGUCUGAGAAGACUGGCAUCAUUCAGGACACCUGGCAUAAGGCCACUCAGAAGGGCGACCCUGUGGCAAUUCUGAAACGCCAGCUGGAAGAGAAGGAAAAGCUGCUGGCCACUGAGCAGGAAGAUGCAGCUGUUGCCAAGAGCAAACUGAGGGAACUCAAUAAGGAGAUGGCUGCAGAAAAGGCCAAGGCAGCGGCUGGUGAAGCCAAGGUGAAAAAACAACUGGUGGCCCGGGAACAGGAGAUUGCAGCUGUGCAGGCUCGCAUGCAGGCCAGCUACCGUGAGCAUGUGAAGGAGGUGCAGCAGCUGCAGGGCAAGAUCCGAACUCUUCAGGAACAGCUGGAGAAUGGCCCUAACACCCAGCUGGCCUGCCUGCAGCAGGAGAACUCUAUCCUGAGAGAUGCCUUGAACCAGGCCACAAGCCAGGUAGAGAGCAAGCAGAAUGCAGAGUUGGCAAAGCUCCGGCAGGAGCUCAGCAAGGUCAGCAAGGAACUGAUGGAGAAGUCAGAGGCCUCGAGGCAGGAGGAACAGCAGCGGAAGGCUCUGGAAGUGAAGGCAGCUGCCUUUGAGAAGCAGGUCCUACAGCUGCAGGUGUCUCACAAGGAGAGUGAGGAAGCUCUGCAGAAGCGCCUAGAUGAGGUCAGCCGGGAGCUGUGCCGCACACAGACCAGCCAUGCCAGCCUCCGGGCAGAUGCCGAAAAGGCACAGGAGCAGCAGCAGCGGUUGGCAGAGAUGCACAGCAAAUUACAGUCCUCUGAGAUGGAGGUGAAGAGCAAGUGUGAAGAGCUGAGUGGUCUUCAUGGGCAGCUCAAGGAGGCCAGGGCAGAGAAUACACAGCUCACAGAAAGGAUUCGGUCCAUUGAGGCCCUGUUGGAGGCAGGCCAAGCCCGGGAUAACCAGGCCAGCCAAGCUGAAGCCGACCAGCAGCAGAUGCGUCUCAAGGAGCUAGAAUCACAAGUAUCAUGUCUGGAGAAGGAGGCCACUGAGCUCAAGGAGGCUGUGGAGCAGCAGAAAGGGAAGAACAAUGACCUCCGAGAGAAGAACUGGAAGGCAAUGGAGGCACUGGCCUCGGCUGAGCGGGCCUGUGAGGAGAAACUGCGUUCCCUGACCCAGGCCAAGGAGGAAUCAGAGAAGCAACUCCGCCUGGCCGAGGCCCAGACCAAGGAGGCCCUUCUGGCGCUGCUCCCGGAGCUCUCUGUCUCAGAACACCAGAAUUAUGCUGAGUGGCUGCAGGAACUCAAAGAAAAGGGCUCCCAGCUACUGAAGAAGCCAUCAGCUACCACAGAGCCCUCCUCGGACCUGGCCUCCAAGCUGAAGGAGGCUGAGGAGACCCAGAACACCCUGCAGGCUGAGUGCGACCAGUACCGCACCAUCCUGGCAGAAACGGAGGGCAUGCUCAGAGACCUGCAGAAGAGUGUCGAGGAGGAGGAGCAGGUGUGGAAGGCCAAAGUGGGAGUUGCGGAGGAGGAGCUCCAGAAGUCACGGGUCACAGUGAAACAUCUCGAAGAUACCAUAGAGAAGCUAAAAGGAGAACUUGAAAGCUCAGAUCAGGUGAGGGAGCACACCUCACAUCUGGAGGCAGAGCUAGAGAAGCACAUGGCAGCUGCCAGCGCUGAGUGCCAGAACUACGCCAAGGAGGUGGCAGGGUUGAGGCAACUUUUAUUAGAGUCUCAGUCUCAGCUGGAUACAGCCAAGAGUGAAGCCCAGAAACAGAGUGACGAGCUCGCCCUGGUCAGGCAGCAGUUGAGUGAGAUGAAGAGCCACGUAGAGGAUGGUGACGUAGCUGGGUCCCCAGCUGUCCCCACAGGCGUCUCCCCAGCUGAGCAGGACCCUGUGAAGGUUAGGGUGCUGAGAAUGCAGCUGGAGCGGACAGAAGCCACCCUGGAGGACGAGCAGACAAAGAGGCAGCAGCUCACGGCUGAGUUUGAGGAGGCUCAGACCACAGCGUGUCGGUUACAAGAAGAGCUGGAGAAGCUCCGUGCUGCUGGUACCCUGGAGUCUUCAGGAACUGAGGAGGCUGUACAGCUGAAGGAGAGACUAGAAAAAGAGAAGAAGUUAACAAGUGAUCUGGGACAUGCUGCAACCAAACUACAGGAGCUUUUGAAGACAACCCAGGAGCAGCUGGCAAAGGAGAAGGACACAGUGAAGAAGUUGCAAGAACGGCUGGAAAAAACAGAGGACGGCAGCAGUUCAAAGGAGGGCACCUCCGUCUGAGUCUCUGCAAAAAGAAGUUACUGUUCAACUUUACCAAAAUGCCUUACACAUUCCUUAUAAAUAAAUAAACCAACAACACAGCGUUAUCCAGGCCCAACUUCCAGUAGCUCCGAGAGAAGCCAUCAGAGACAAGAGUCUCUUAGAACCACAGAAAUAAAUCUUCCAGACCCCCAGUCUGUACAAGAACAUUUGUCACAUUUGAUAAACACUAUUCCCUGGAGCAGUCCUGGACCACCUUGAGCCGACGCCAAAGCCCUUGUUGACUCUGACAGACCGGGUUGUGCCGGGAGGCCAGGAUGCUUAGGGAUCUAUGUCAAUCAGUGCAAUUGUCAUGUCUUUUUUCAGUGGGGUUGGGGUUGGGAAGUGGCCGGACCAGGUGGUGAGUUCUCAGAGUCUGGGGAGACUGGAGGGCCUCAGCCCAGCCCAGUGAGGCAACAGCUCCUCACCCCUGGAAGUUGCCAAGCAGAACUGAUGUGUGACCACCUGGAUGUUAAUGCCAUUAAAACCAAUGUGUUGCCCGGC